CGCCCUGGGGAGGGGCUGAGCCCGCCCACCCGCCACGCCUGAUAAGGCCUGGGUCCCCUCAGAAGGAAGCUCCUGGCCUGCAGGUGCUCAGGCUGACGCUCCCCUGCAGCACCCGGCCCCAGCCAUGGCGGGCAUGAAGACGGCCACCGGGGACUACAUUGACUCGUCCUGGGAGCUGCGGGUGUUUGUGGGCGAGGAGGACCCCGAGGCCCAGUCGGUGACCCUCCGAGUCACGGGCGAGUCGCACAUCGGCGGGGUGCUCCUGAAGAUCGUGGAGGAGAUCAACCGCAAGCAGGACUGGUCGGACCACGCCAUCUGGUGGGAGCAGAAGCGGCGGUGGCUACUGCAGACGCAUUGGACGCUGGACAAAUAUGGCAUCCUGGCCGAUGCCCGCCUCUUCUUUGGGCCCCAGCACCGGCCGGUGCUGCUCCGGCUGCCCAACCGCCGAGCCGUCCGCCUGCGCGCCAGCUUCUCCAAGCCGCUCUUCCAGGCCGUGGCCGCCAUCUGCCGCCUGCUUAGCAUCCGGCACCCAGAGGAGCUGUCCCUGCUGCGGGCUCCUGAGAAGAAGGAAAAGAAGAAGAAGGAGAAGGAGCCAGAAGAGGAGGUCUUUGACCUCACCAAGGUCGUCCUGGCUGGGGGCGUGGCGCCCGCGCUCUUCCGGGGGAUGCCGGCCCACUUCUCCGACAGCGCGCAAGCCGAGGCCUGUUACCACGUGCUCAGCCGCCCGCAGCCGCCGCCUGACCCGCAGCUGCUGCAGCGCCUGCCCCGGCCCGGCUCGCUGGCCGACAAGACCCAGCUGCACAGCCGGUGGCUGGACUCCUCCCGGUGCCUCAUGCAGCAGGGCAUCCAGGCGGGGGACACGCUCUGGCUGCGCUUCAAGUACUACAGCUUCUUCGACCUGGACCCCAAGACAGACCCCGUGCGGCUGACCCAGCUGUACGAGCAGGCCCGCUGGGACCUGCUGCUGGAGGAGAUUGACUGCACGGAGGAGGAGAUGAUGGUGUUCGCGGCGCUGCAGUACCAUGUCAACAAGCUGUCCCAGAGCGGGGAGGUGGGUGAGCCGGCUGGCCCGGACCCGGGGCUGGACGACCUGGACGCGGCUCUCAACAACCUGGAGGUGAAGCUGGAGGGCUCGGCGCCCACCGACGUGCUGGACAGCCUCACCACCAUCCCGGAGCUCAAGGACAACCUGCGCAUCUUCCGGCCCCGGAAGCUGACGCUGAAAGGGUACCGCCAGCACUGGGUGGUCUUCAAGGACACCACGUUGUCCUACUACAAGAGCCAGGACGAGGCUCCAGGGGACCCGGUGCAGCAGCUCAACCUCAAGGGCUGCGAGGUGGUCCCAGAUGUCAACGUCUCAGGCCAGAAGUUCUGUAUCAAACUCCUGGUACCCUCCCCGGAGGGCAUGAGUGAGAUCCACCUGCGCUGUCAGGAUGAGCAGCAAUACGCCCGCUGGAUGGCCGGCUGCAGACUGGCGUCCAAGGGCCGCACCAUGGCGGACAGCAGCUACAGCAGCGAGGUGCAGGCCAUCUUGGCCUUCCUCAGCCUGCAGCGCACAAGCGGGGGCUCGGGAAGCCACCCCCAGGGCCCAGACGCCUCCACUGAGAGCCUCAACCCCUAUGGCCUGGUUGCACCCCGCUACCAGCGGAAGUUGAAGGCCAAACAGCUCACCCCACGCAUCCUGGAAGCCCACCAGAACGUGGCCCAGCUCUCGCUCUCGGAGGCCCAGCUGCGCUUCAUCCAGGCCUGGCAGUCUCUUCCUGACUUUGGCAUCUCCUACUUCACGGUCAGGUUCAAGGGCAGCCGGAAGGAUGAAAUCCUGGGCAUUGCCAACAACCGCCUGAUCCGCAUUGACCUGUCGGUAGGCGACGUGGUCAAGACCUGGCGCUUCAGCAACAUGAGACAGUGGAAUGUCAACUGGGACAUCCGGCAGGUGGCCAUUGAGUUUGAGGAGCACAUCAACGUGGCUUUCAGCUGCGUGUCGGCCAGCUGCCGCAUCGUGCACGAGUACAUUGGUGGCUACAUCUUCCUGUCCACGCGCGAGCGCGCCCGAGGCGAGGAGCUGGACGAGGACCUGUUCCUGCAGCUCACCGGGGGUCACGAGGCCUUCUGAGGCUGGCUUUCCCCCUGCCGCCCCUCUCACCACCGCCACGGCCGCUGCAGGACCCACACCCACUAGGACUCGCUGCCCACACCCUCACCAUGCAGGUGCCAGGCAGGCAUGGCCACUGUCACUGUCACUGCUUUGCAGACUAGGGGCCGCGCUGGACCAGGCUAGGGAGUGAGGGCUCCCCAUCCUCAUCUAGUGGCCAGGCCCGCCACGCCUGCCCUCACUGCUGGCCCCCAGCCGCUGCUAAGAGGGAGCCCAUUCCUGUCUCGGAACUGCAGUCUUCCCUGUCAACGUUUGACGUGUCUUUUUCUUAAAUAAAUAUUUUAUUACUGGACCGA